AUGCGGUUGAGGAGGCUUGGAGAACCGGAGCACCAUCGCCACCACGACCUGGCAGCCCUGUCACCCAGCAUCAGAAGCUUCGCACGAAAGAAUUCGAGGAUGACCCGCUGGUGGCAACCAGUGUCAAAUUUGCGCAUCAAGUGUUGCUAUCAAAGUGAGGAGAAAACCGCAGAGUCAUCUGCAUCGUCCACGCAAGACUCGAAGAGGAGGUUGGGUCGUCUGGGUCCUGAUGCGUGGCAAGCGCUCAGCUUAGCUAUUACGGGCAGCUGCUGGCAGAAGACUCUUACCAUCCAUGACUUGCUCUUCAUGGCAGCUGUGUCGAAAGAAACCCUCACCAUCGUCCAGGGCAUAGUCUGCAAGGCAAAGGUGAUGCUUUUCUCGGAGACUGCGCAUGCAUCUUCUUGCUUGGACGGGAGCUGCCUGGACUGGGACAGGAACCGCAUGGAAGGAAGUGAAUGUCCCUCUCUGCAAAUCCGGUGGCUGGAGGACUUCUUGUCUCAGCCGGCUGGGGAGCAGCUGUAUGCAGACAUUGGCUUUGUAGAGGAUUCCCAGCAGCUGAUCUUCGGGAGAAGCUUGGAAGGCCUACGUGCUGCAUUACGAGAGGCAUUGCCUGUUGCUUUCGGAGAUCUGCACAUGGAGGUUGAAGCCGUGCGUAACAUAAGCAGACCGACGAAGACCGUCCUGGACACCCUUCGAGCGGCCCAACCAGAGAUCGUUGGCGUCGAGGCAGCCCGGAGCUGCGCCAGCUUGGAAGACUGUGAUGGCUCCGCACAGGGGCUCGCCGUGCAUGAUCUACCUUCAUGGGCCCACUGCGUGCAGCAGCUCACGCGAGUGUUGGGCACUCGGAAGAAAGUCUCAGUGGAAAGCACUUAUGGUCUGCCGUGGCCCGGUUUCGGCGCGAGCAAAGAUGCCAUCCAUGCCCGUGCACAGGAACAGCAGGUUGGCGGAGGACACAACUCCAUCCAUGAUGACAGUACAGCUGAGCAGGUCGGUCUCAAGCUUGCUCCCAUCCAUGGAACUGUUCACUGGUCCCAGCUGACGCCUCUCUUGCUGCAGGCAUUUGGGCCGGCCUGGUUUGAGACUGGGUCCGUGUCCGUGCACUUCGUUAACAUGGUGGGCCAUCGUCAGCCUGUUCGAGCCUUUAUUGCGAAGCCCGACCCGUCGAAAUCGGCGCAGCAACUUGAUAUUUGGAUGGAGCACCUUGAUGGACGACUUGUCUUUGAAGGAACGGCAAGCGUGGGCCUGCAGCCAGGUGAGAUGACGACGAUGGCACAGUCCAAAAUCGCCCGCAUGAAGCCGGUCUCGGGCAAGCUGCUUUUCACUCGUCAUGAUCCGGGCACUCGCAGCCUGGAGCCGGAAUCUGCAAAGAUCGAGUUCGACAAGGUCAUUGGUCCCUUGUUUCCGUUCACACACAGGAGGAAGCUGGAGAUCAUCACCGAGUUUCAUCCAUGGUUCAGCGAGGAAGCUGGUCACACAUCUCCGUGGGGCAAGCCGAUCCUUCCCCCUGAGAGUUUCAAUCAGAUCAUGCUGGGCGCGGUAG